AUGGCCCAACCACAGCAAAUUCCAUCACGGCCAAAACGAAAGCGAUCGGAUCGUCUACCCCAUCAAUCCAUAUCUCAACUCAUCCAUAACACGAAAGAUUGGGAGGUCCUCGAGACCUCUGCUGAGGGACGAACUGUCAAGAGAUCUAGAGGUCUAGGCACGAAAAACGAAAAGUGGACUGUUUGCGAGUUCCAUCCCGACUGCUUUACUGGGUUACAUCGUGAAUACUCUGUCCUAUCCAUUAUUUCUCAGAUUCGCUCCCCGAUCGGCCACCCACGUAUUAUACGUGCCGAUCUCAAGUCUGGUAUCCUUGUGCAGGCCUCGCCGAAGGUUAUCUGGACGCCACUUCGGCUCCGUAUCUACGAGGCGAAGCUUGACCUCGAUUCACUGCUUCAGAUGAAGCGCGAAUUAGUCGACUAUGUCCGAUUGUUAUACGCCAAAGGUAUUGAAUAUAAAGUCAAGCCGGACUGGUUAUUUCCUCUUAGGAAAUUGUCGGGCGGUUGGCUACUAUUCUUGGGUGGGUGGGCGGAAACGAACUUCUGCUCGAUACCAGAUCGAAUUCAAUCCGCCGAGUGGAAGGCGCAAGAAACGGAGCAGUUAGAUGGGGUAGAGCGGAUGUUUACUGAACUUCGUGCUCGUCUGGAUGAAAGGGAUAAAGCAAUAGCCUCCAAAGCUCAGAGCGUGGCGCAUGAAUCGAGCCGACGACCGCACUCCCAUAAAAAGCAAAAGCGAGACGCAAAAUGCAAUGAUGUGGCCAAACCAAACGACAAGGAUGAGAAAACAGUUUGA